CUAAUUCAUGCAUGGCACAGUUGAAUGAAUUACUUUACCUCCGAUCUACAGGUAUUUUCAGUGUAAAAGGUAUAGCAAAUCCAAAAACAUCCAGAGAUGAAAAUAGAUUACUUGCUCAUAAACUUCAUCAUCACUUCUGUAAGCAUUACCAUGGUCCGUUUGUCAUUCUCUAAACUUGCAAGACCAUCAACAAUACCGGGGAUUGCACAUUACUUCGGGACAAAAGGCAGGUACGAGGAAGUGAAUCCACAUCUUUUAGAUGACAUAUUGUUCGUAAACAGAUCGCUGCUGGGCCCCCCGUCUCCAGAUUGCCAUGCAAUUCACUUGGUUUCGGUGAUAAGACACGGGACUCGCUAUCCGACGACCAAAAAUGUGAAAAAGAUCGCGGGUCUCUUUGAUCUAGUCGCGUCUGAAGCGUCAGGAUCAGCGCUGUGGCUCAAUGACAUUAAAAACAAAUGGAAGAUGUGGUACACUGAAGAUAUGGACGGCAGACUGGUGGAGAAAGGUCGAGAUGACCAUAGGCAUUUGGCCAUGAGGUUGGCACAUUUAUUCCCAACUUUGAUUUCAGAGGAGAACCUCCGUGCCAACCGCAUUGAGUUCAUCACCAGCUCCAAGCACCGGUGUGUUGACAGUAUCACCGCUUUCCAAGAGGGUCUCCACGGACUCUGGGAUGUGCAGGAUAUGGAUUACAAACAAUAUGUGGAUGAUUCGUUGAUGAGAUUUUUUGAUCAUUGUGAGAGAUUUGUUGAAAGUGUUGAAAACAACAAAACAGCAUUGAAUGAGGUAAAUCGUUUCAAGUCCUCUGUUGAGAUGGAUGUAGUACGGAAGAAAAUAGCCAACCGCCUUCAGAUUCCAUACAAUCAAAUCACCCCAGAUAUGGCGGAGGCAGCUUUCUUUUUGUGCUCCUAUGAGUUUGCCAUCAAGUCUGAGAAUUCACCCUGGUGUAAUCUGCUGGAUGAGUCAGAUGCUCAAGUGCUGGAGUACAAAAAUGACCUGAAACAGUACUGGAAGAGGGGAUAUGGACAUGACAUCAACCGUAAAUCCAGCUGUCCUCUCUUUCAUGAUAUAUUCAAGCGUCUUGAUAAGGCUGCCUAUGACUACAGUUUCGGUGAUGUAGAAAAAACUGCCACCAUCCAGGUUGGUCAUGGUGAGACCUUGCUGCCUCUCCUCUCUCUGAUGGGCUUUUUUAAGGAUGAAAAACCUCUGACAGCGGAGAACUUCUCAUUGCAGCACAACCGCAAGUUCCGCACCAGUCAGAUUGUACCUUAUGCUGCAAACCUAGUCUUUGUCCUGUAUGAUUGCACUGAAGGACUCCGAGUACAGUUGUUUCUCAAUGAGAAGCCCAUUAAUUUUCCCAAUAUUCACCACUCUGCUCCAUUAUAUGAAACAGUCAUAAAGCAUUACUCAGAGCUCCUUCAUGGCUGUGAUUUUAAUAAGGAAUGUGACGUGCCUCAAUCAAACCUCAGGAAUACUGAGCUGUGAGUCAGGUUAUAAAAUUAGGGAUUUCAGGGACAAUCACUGUGUGCUUGUGAAAUGCUUUGUGAAAUGUGUAAUUUUUUUUUUUAGUUUUUGAGGUGCAUUAUACUUUUGAUUCUCUUCAGGAAUUUUUUUUUUUUUCUUUUAUAAUUAGAGGUCCAAUUUAUUAUUUUAUUUAUUUGACAGCUUACCAAAUUACAUAUAUAGAGCGCAUUUGUGUUUAAAGAGUUCUGUUUUUGUUUUCUUGUGUAGGAAUUCCACUUUCUUCCUAAACUUGUUUUAUUUGCCAAAGUACUCAAGAGAAAUGUUGUUGUAAGGUGCUAAAUAUAUUAUUUUCUUUUUAUUGGAAGUAAUUUAAAGAAUAUUUAUUUUCAUUGCUCUGUGCAUUUUCCAAAUAUAUCACUUUUAUCAAUAACCAAAAUGUAUUCUAGUUUUUGUAAAAAUUGAUUUUCAAAAAAAUGUAUCUUGCUAUUGAAGGAAAGACCAUAAUGUUGUCAUUACCUGAA